GAUGAGGAGGCUGAUCCUGGUCGUCGGCCUGUUGGCUGCAGUGCUGCAGGAGGCAGGCACAAUUCUGCCUGCUCAGGUCUCUGCCAAGUUCAAAGAGAGGGACCAGGUCUCUGAGCAAGACACAGAGGAGGCCUGGGCAGUCAAAGCUGUGGAGCGACCAGAGAAGGAAGACCGGCUGGAGGGGCUCUUCCCCAGGCUGAAGUCCCCCACCGCUGCUGACACUGCUGAGAACUGGCAUGGUGACAAGGCCUGGGUGGAGGACCUCCUGAGUCGUGUCCGGAGCCCCCUCCAGGGCCCUGAGCCAGACCGAGACAGCCUCUACCAUGCGGAGCCUGAGGAGGGGCUAGACAUGGCGUCCUGGUCUCGGGCUCGGCUGUUCUUCCAGCUGCUUCAGGGCCCAGAGGAAGACCGGGACCACAUCUACCACUCUGAGGAGCGCUGACCGCCCUGCAUGCCCCUCCUCCCUCAGAGGGCCUGCUCACCAUCUCUGUCCCCAUGAGAAAAAAAAUAAAUGUCUGAAGGCAGAA